AGCAUUUAUCAUCAUUAUUAAUUUUGUAAUAUUUACAUAUACAUAUAUAUUUUUGAUCGAUUUCUAUAAACCAUGUUGCUGUCCCUGAUUGUGCACUCGUAUUCGCUGCGGUACUGGUUUCCGGCGGCGGUUAUGCUUGGCACUGCGCCCGCGUACCUACUGUCGUGGGGGGCAUGGCGAGUACUGUCAACUGUGUUACCGACCAGACUGUAUCACACCGUGGACGAUCACGUCUAUACUGUGUACCAGAGCAUGGUGCUCUUCUUCUUCGAAAAUUACACCGGGGUUGAGAUCGUUAUUUAUGGAGACAUACCAAAGAAACAGGAGAAUGUUGUCUACAUUUCUAAUCAUCAGUCUACAGCGGACUGGAUCAUUGCUGACAUGCUAGCUGUUCGCCAAAAUGUACUUGGUCAUGUGAGAUACGUUUUAAAAGAUGGUCUGAAGUGGCUUCCUUUGUAUGGCUGGUAUUUCUCUCAGCAUGGUGGUGUGUACGUCAAGCGAAGUGCAAAAUUUGAUGAAAAGAUAAUGAGAAAGAAACUGGGUUCUCAGGUCAAUGCAGGAACACCAAUGUAUCUUGUUAUCUUCCCAGAAGGAACCCGCUACAACCCUGAUUUUAAAGAAGUAAUCACUGAAAGUCAGACUUUUGCUGCCAAAGAAGGACUGGCUGUUCUGAAACAUGUCCUGACGCCAAGAAUGAAAGCAUCGCAUGUAGCAACAGAGUCCAUGAGGCAGCACCUGGAUGCAGUCUAUGAUAUUACAGUAGCUUACGAGGGCACGCUGACAACAGACGGGCAAAGACGCGCAGCCCCUUCAAUGCCAGAGUUUCUUUGUAAAGAAUGUCCCAGAGUGCACAUCUACUUUGAGCGGCUGGACAUGAGGGAGAUUCCUUCAGAACCCAUUUUUUUCCGCAGGUGGCUUCAUGACAGAUUUGUGAUCAAGGACAAGCUGCUUACUGAUUUCUAUGAGUCUGAGGAGCCUAAGAAAAAGUGCCGCUUCCCAGGAGAAGGUCAAACAUCACCACUCAGCUUUAAAAAGACGCUGCCUUCACUGCUGCUGCUGAGUGGCCUCACGUUGCCAAUGCUGUUGACUGAACCAGGUAGAAAACUCUAUGUAAGAACAUGGUUCUGUGGCACUCUUUUGGGAUGGCUGUGGGUACAUAUACGGCCAUAAAAAAGAAACAUCCUGCCAUCUUUUAUCAGCAUGAUGGUUUAGAUGCUCAAAAAUGCAACCAUGUUGUCAGAUCCUGGUGAGCUUUUUUUAUAAUGUCAGGUCAAAAUUUAUAACCAGGGUGGAAUUCUUUGGAAGAAAAGUGUCUUUCUCCAUCCAUGCACUUUGUCUCCUAAGUAAUUUGCAUUAUAUAAGUCAUUAAAAUGUUUCUGUGCUGGAACGUUCCUACUGGAUGAUGAAAAUGAAAAAUUAUUUAAAAUGAGAAGUGUUAAUUCUAAGAUUAAUUUAGACAUGUGUAACGUUUUACCUUCAGGUUUCCUAAACCUUAUUUACAGCAGUAGUUAGUUGCAUUAGCUAACAUGAAUAAAACAUUUGAAUAUGAAUAAAUUCUGCUAUUUUGACAAGACCAUUGCAAGAUAUAGAAUAAAAUCAAGUCACAGACAUGCACCCUCACAACAAGGCUCAGGAAAGAUCUAAAUCACGUAGUGUGCUUGUAAAAACAUGGGUGUCAUGACAGUCUUUCAAUUUCGAGGAUUUCAGCAACUGCUGUUUCUCUAUGGCUGAUACAAAUUCUGGUUCUGUCAUGUCAUUUCACUUUGUGGCAUAGCCUCCUAAUUUGUCUGUGCCUGUGUUAAUAGAGCUAGUUUGACUGUACCCGUUCCAACCUAGAUGGAGCAGUGGUCUCUUGGCCAGGUCACCAGCAAACCCAAACUGUGUUACGCUUAAAGAAACAAAUGUAAUCCAACAAGCACCUAUACUGGUUUAAAGAGUUAGCACAUGGGUCACCUUAUCCUUAGUCAAGCAAGCUUUUUAUUUUAUUUUUGAGUCCAUGCAAAAAUAAAUUCCCUGCUCAGCUUUUUCUUUGUCCAUGCAAACAACAGUGUUAAUCGAGCUGUGAGGUGCUGAUUUUAAUACACAGUUUGUUUUUUGUUCAACAGUUUAUGUUAUAUGACGGUUCAUUUAUUUUUACUGAUUAACUGUUAUAAAUAAUGCUUAUGGGAACCUGAAAGUGAAGCUUUACUGAUACAUUUUGUGUUUCCACCUAAGUAUUGUACGUAUAUUAAUCUGUUUGAACGAAAGCCAAUCUUUCAGCUUUUUCUAAAAGAAUUCAUGUAUUCCUAAGUGUUUUUGUUAAGAUCAUAUUAGGUUAUAUUAAUUUUUGCACUUUUUCAUGCAUUUUUCAUUUGUUGUAUUCAACAGUUUUGCUUUUCCUUUUUAUUUUAUGUUGGGGUUUUUUUUGUGCUAUUUUUUAAGAUAACUAUGUGAAAAUACUUGCCAAAAAUCACAGGAUGUGAGUGUUCAGUUUAUCUGUUUUAACUUAAAAGUGAUUGACUGAUAUACCUACGUAAUAAAUAUGAAUCUUAAUGAGGAGCAGUACAGUUAAUCUGCUGUUAUCUUAGUUACAAGUCUAUACAAGUUUAGUUUAUGCAUAGAUUUUGCAAAUGACUUGAGUUUUCUUGUUUCUUCUUUUCCCCAUGAAACACAUACAUAUAGAAAUUUAAAUCUUCCAUAUGCUAAAUUCAUGUCAGCCUUAAGUCUGUGGUUUAUUGACAACCCUAUAUUAACCUAUUAAAUAAAUAUAGCUUAACUGAAUGAAAAGAAGUUUAUGUGUGCAUAAUAUUUCUAACCUAAUCUUGUUAAACUUGAAAUAAAUGCCAAUACAAAAGCUACUCAAGCAUAUAGAAGGCAUAUUUAAAAAAAUAAAAUAGCAGUAGUAGUUCCUGGGGUAGUAGUAGUAAUAGUAAUGGGGGGAGUAGUUCCUUUUACGCUUUCUGUCACAGGAGUAGACUAGUAAAACUAGUAGUAGGUCUAACUUCACAUUAACUAACAAAUCUAGUUGUAGCCUGUGUCUCAAAGUGUUUUCCAAAACAGCAGCAACACUGACCAAUAUUUAAUCUGUGUACCAACAGACCAUCGACUUAAAAUACCCUUAAUUUAGAUGUAACCAUACUUACUAUUAUUGUGCCAAACAUGUUGGUGUGUGAGUGUGUGAGUGUGUGUGUGUGUGUGUGUGUGAGUGAUCGAUCACAUUGGCUUUGCUUCCCUGGCAUUGAAGUCCAUGUAGCCACACUAGUAGCCUCAGCUUUGCUUUCAAUUUAAAUAUGAGUUGUUAGUUGUUAACAUGAUUCAACAUCCUAAAUCUAGGAUCUAGUUAAAGUCAUUGAAACAUGAAACAGCAAGUCAUCUGCCACAGUUAAGCAUUUCUUAUAUGUUAAUAUAUAGCAAUGUAUAGAAAGGUCGUAGUAGUCCUGUUAACCAAUCUAUUCCAGAUCUAAUGAUAAAACAUGUAUUGAUAAAAAUACAUUCUUAUGGAUAUUUUUGGCUGCCUUGUAGCCAAUAUACAUGUUCAAAUCAUUUGAAGUUUAUGAAUAUAAGUGGACUUUACUAAAGCUCUCAUAGCUUACAGUCAUAUAUUUUUUACUGUUCAAAUAUGUAUUUUCUCCAGGUAACAAUUUUAUUUUGUUAAAAAAAAAAACAAGUUGUUUACACUGAUCACAUGAUGAUUCCACCUGAAAGCUGUGUACUGGGUUCAGAGGUAUGCAAGAAUGUGGUGUCAGUGUUAUUUCUGUCAUUAUAUCUUUAGAUUUGUUUACCUCAUGGUAGAUCUGUUCCAUUGUUUUGUCUGGAAUUCUAAUGAAGGUGUUACACAUACAAACCCUCUUGCAGACUAAACAUUACCAGUAUUUUAACCAAUAAAGUAAAACUAAGACUACCUCUUCAUGCAUAUUUUGCAGAUUCUGGUAUAUGUAGUGCAGUGAUGUAAGGUAUGAAUACAAAGUAAAUUGUUUUUACGUUUCUUUUCUGAAUACCCACAAAAACUUUUUUACUCAAAUGUUUAAUAAGAAGUUUCAUAUUACCAGCCAUCUGAUAGCAGCUAUUCAGGUGUUAAUUACAAGGGCUCUUAUUUAUUGAAAUUGUUUUUAAUCUUUUUCUGAUUAAAAAGUCUGUUUUUAAGCUCCUAAA